AUGUCAGAAACCGAUAUUCCCGUGCAAAAAGUUUUAGACAGGGAUUCAUUUCACAAAGAAUUUAGCACCGAAGCCUACUUGAAGGAUUUCUAUAUUAAAGUGGACGAUUCAGCAAUGCAGAUGGUGCUCACAUUUUUGCCAAAUAUUGUUGCCAGGAUCGGGAAAGUGAAACGAGUUUUGGAUUUCGGUGCUGGCCCAACGAUUCACGUCGCCGCAUCUUUUCGACAACAAGCAGAUGAGAUCUAUCUUGCCGACUAUCUUCCUCAGAAUCGUCAGGAACUUGAGCGAUGGUACGAGGGAACCUCGAAUUUUGACUGGUCGCAACCACUGAGGAUGAUUUUAACACAAGAAGGAAACUCUUGGAAUGAUCUCGACGAAAUGAUCAAAAUUACUAGACAAAAAGUGUGCGGUAUUUUCCAUUGCGACUGCCUGUUAUCUCCUUCCGUCGCAAUUUCAGAGGAACUUCAAGGGACUUUUGAUGUGGGAGCUAAAAUACUCACAUUGGUCACGAUUUUUUGCGUUGAAUAUUGCUGUAAAACGUAUGAUGAAUAUAAGAAAGCAAUCAGAAAUAUUGCUGAACAAAUUCGUGAUGGAGGCUUUUUUGUGAUGGGAGGAAUACUUGAGGAAACACGGUGCUCUUUUGGUGGCCGCGUUUUUUCAUGUCUUUACAUAACGAAGGAUGAAAUGCUCGGCGCACUCGAAGAAGCCGGACUUCAUAUGGAAAGCGACCGUAAAUGUAUGAUGUACGAUAUUGACGGCAUGUUCAUGAUUUGUGCACGAAAACGUCUUUUCUGA